UAGAGUGAUGCAGCAGAAGUUGUGUUCCAGAAGUUCUGGCUCUUUCCUCUCGGAGAGGAACGGCCAGGCCUGCGGCUCCGUCACUUCCUGCGACCUCCCCUUCCGCUGCCCCCGCUGCGGCGAGCAGGAGCGCUUCCGCAGUCUGGCCUCGCUCCGCGCCCACCUGGAGUACCAACACUCAUACCGCUCGCCGGACGUGAUCACCGGCGGCUUCAGCAUCACCGGCAAACUCCCCGACCCGUUGACGGCGGCGAUCCCCUGGCACGACAUGAGCCUCCCGACCCGCAGGGGGCAGCACAGCUCGGGGCGGCCGCCUCACGUCCGCUCCCUCAGCGACAGCAGAGACAGCAGUUACCUCCACUCCUACAGCUCCGUGAGGAGACGCACCCAGAGCGUCGGGGUGGGGACGCAGGCCGACGAGGGGGAGGAGGAAGAGGAUGACGAAGAGGAAGGGGGGACAGAAGAUGAAGAUGUGGGAGAAGAGGAGGACGAGGAGGAGGCAGGUGAAGAGCGCGAUGGAGGUAGAAAUGAGGAGUGUCAAAACGUCACAAAAAAGUCAGACGCAGGCUACCAUCACCUCAACCACCAUCACCUCCCGUUCCCCCCUUUGGCUCCUGUAGGCCCCCCUCUAGACCCGGACCUGGACCUGGACCUGGUCGAGCAGACCUCGUACUCCGGUUUGGAGACGGCAGCAGCCUCGGCCGCCGUGCGUCGGAGACUGGCCAGCAUCCUGCGCGCGGCCGACAGCACCAUGCAGCGCCGGCUGGCCAAGGUGAGCACGGAGCUCGCCCAGACCGACACGGAGCUCCUGUGUGAGCGCGCUCACUCGCAGCACCUGGCCCAGGAGAGGCAGGAAGUUGCCGAGAGGGAGAGGUCACUGAGCCGGCAGGUGGACGUGGCGGUCAUGGUGAUCGCCGCGUUGAGGGAGCAGCUCAACGCCUCAGAGAAUGAGCUGGAACGACGAGAGAGGGAGGUGAUAACCAUCCAGAAGUUUCUGGAAGCAGCAGCGCGACAAGAGACGUGCGGUAAAGUUCGAAUCCAGCAGUUCAUCGAGAACCUGCUGAGACGCAUCGCUCUGGCCGAGAGACUGGUGGAGUAUUACCAGGUCAACAGCAGCCCGCAGCAGUGCAACCACUACAAGCACCAGCAGCCAACUGAUAAUGGACCUCACAAAAUCACUAAAAGCAGGUCAGCGGGAGGUCAGCUGUCCUCGUCCGGUCUGCAUGACAGCAGAAGCCGCUCCUCCUCUCAUUUCGGCGGCCGCCCACCGUUCUCCAAAACGGGCGGGGAACGGGAGCGUGAGCGGGAGCACCGGGAGCGGCUGGCCCAGUCCUCCAGGCUGUUCUGUCGACCCGAGCACAGAGACGACAUCUGGAACCACCAGCGCCGCCGGUCCGCCGGGUACGAGGCUUAGAACUGUGGAGAAGCACCAGGGAGAGGGAGUGUCAGUGGGUAAAACUUGAUUUAACAAUGACUUUGUUCCAGUGUGUUAACCUAUGGAAAAGUUCUGCACAUCCACAUCAAGCUGUUUUAGAACAGACGAUCUGCACUAUGAAGUGAUUAAUUCUCCAGUAAAAAGCUCGUAAAACAGCAAACUCUGUUAAUUAAGUCUGUUCAUUUUGAAAUGGCAUUUUGAAAUUUAUUUUUUAGGCAAUUAAUUAAUCAGAAACAGGAAAUCAAGUAAUUAUUUUGAUUAUUUUAAUUAUACUCUGCAUGGGAUGUUCACAAAUGGAGCAACUUAUUAUAGACUUAAUUUUGAAAAAAAAACCAAAAACAAGUUUCUAGUAUAAAAAAUCAUUACAUUACUUAUGCGUUCUGUAAAAUCAUUUCACAAAUCUUACAUUUAAUGUUUGUAUAGCGUGAGCGAAUAUAAUCGCUCCUCCUGAAUGAAUGCUUUUGCAGCUGUUCUUACUCCAUUAUUUUUAUACAUCAAACUAGGAAAACCAUAGAAAAUAAGAGAAUACUAUUUACUAAAUUUUAUUUACUAUUUUAUAAAUGAUAGCUGCUUGGCUUUGGGACAGCCUGAUCUCUAAUAAGAGAAUAAAAACUCAUUAUAGUAACUAUUACUGCGUUAUAACAGGGUUUAAGAACGUAAUGCAAUAACAAAUAUUACUGCAUGGCACAAUUGGCAUCAAGUUGUAAUCAAGUCUUUUUAUCUCCAACACUGUGUUAUUGCAUAUUUCAGACUUUUCCAUAGAUUAGAAUACUGAAAUAUACCAUUAUAAAGAGUCACACUGGACAGCGGGAUGCAAGUGUGGGUAAACUUUCAAUAUUCAAAUUAUAUAAACGAAUGACAGCUUC